CAGGACCAGGUGCAACAGAAUCGACUGUUGGUGGUGAAGCGAUAUUAUCAACAUCACAGCCAGGAGCCCCAACACAACCAGAAGGUGUGACAUCAGGACCAGGUGCAACCGAAUCGACUGUUGGUGGUGAAGCGAUAUUAUCAACAUCACAGCCAGGAGCCCCAACACAACCAGAAGGGUUGACAUCAGGACCAGGUGCGACAGAAUCCACGAUUACUGGGGGAGGCUUGUCAUGGACUAUGGAAGCUGCUGGUGUUACGACAGUAUCCGGUCAGACCAGUGGCAGUGGUAUUGACGAAAUACUGCCGGCGACCACUGCGGAAGCACAUAUUGUGGAGAGCUCCACAAGAAGCAGAGAAGAUGAAUCGAAAAUCACUUCUAUUAAUGCUUUAACCGAGUAUGAUAUUGAACCUAUCGAGAAUGCAAAUCCAACGAACCCAGCUGUAGUUUAUAAUCCAUACCUUGAAGAGGUUGCUCAGUUGGAUAUUACAAUACUGAAAACGAAAGAUAAUUCCGUGCCAUCAAAGGUAAAACUCGGUAUAUUUGGUUGUGGUGAACCAGUUAAGAUAAGUGCAAAGCCGCCAUUAGAGCCUACUACGACUCACAGCAGUGGUACUAUUGUGCCUUCAAUACUGCCGGAAAUAACUACUAGUGCCACUAGCGUAUCUGAAAAAAAUGGUACGAUUGCUACAACCCCACAACAAAGUGCAGCUGCUACUACACCAAGCAAUGAGUAUAUAUCAACUGUCACUGUAAUUACAUCUUCAGGAACUACUAGGAAGAGAUGCGAAGAAACGCAGGUAGUAAACGAAUCAGUUAGCAAGAAAAUUACUGUCGGUCCCAUUGAACUACCAAAAGGAGUAAACGUCGAGUUUCAAUUGACAUCAACUUUGGGUGUUUCUUUUCCGAAAGAAAACAAAGCACCCAAACUCACCAUCCCACUAUCAAUCUCAAUACAGUUGAUAUCAUUAACUCUUCCACGUGAUAAAACACCCAAUGGAAAUGUAGAACAAUUUGAAGUCACAUUCUAUUCACCUGAUGGAAACAAAAUUAACGACAUACCAAUCUUAAGUAAUUCAAGUCCAAAAGAAGAUAAGUCGAAGCCAGCUGAACUCAAUUCAAAACAAAUACCAUCAAAUACACCUGUAUCACGUAUAGAAAUCACCAUUAUUCACACUACUGAUGAUGAAUCACCGAAAGGUGUUGUUUUGGAUAUUAAAGCUUGUACGGAAGUCACAACAGGU